AUGAUGGUCUCGUGUGAUGUACCGCAAGCAUAUGUUGAAAUGAAAAUCUUUGAAGACGGCUCGCGUCGAAUUUCUGUUCGGAUGGCUCAGAAAUCUUCUAGCUCAUCGAAACCGAAUGUUCCCAAUACCUAUAAGAACGAUUUUUUUAAUCCAUUGAAGUCAAAUACUGUGACAAACACGAUUGAUCUAUCGCCCGGCAAAAACAUUCACAGUUUCAAGUUUAAUGGUUCCGAUGCACUUUAUUUUAAAAUGAGCAAUGAACCAAGAGUUGCAAACAAAUCCGAGAACGAGGCAGUUCAAUUGACAUCACUAAGCACACCAUCGGAAACUCUAUCCGUCAGUAAUCACAAUAAGAGUUCAGAAAAUGCUCAAGGAGCAUCAUCGUCUCAGUCGACGAUGCCUGUUCUUGACACACCUUCAACGAGCCCAACGACAAGCGAUGGCGAGAGAACCGAACGAGAGCAUCAGACGGUUGCCAACACGAAUACCGAAACAUCCGGCAACUUGCUACCCGCGGUGGAUCCGGUAGAAUCUAUUACCAAGAAUUUGUCCCUUAUGUUUGCCUGGCAAACAUUUGAGCAAAUUGUCGAAAAGUAUGACACCGUCGCCACAACGUCAAACAAUAGUUCUCAAAAGGAAUCGAGGUCACAGGCAAAAAAGACGACCGACUCGAACAUGGCAACUUCCUCCAAUACUUGCGCAACUACCCAAAAUCCCCCAGAGCCCUCAGAAGCUGCUAAUCAGAUCGAUGCAAGUGCUCCCUCAAACGCUAAAGACAAUGCUAGCCCACAACCGGGCAAUUCGUCUAGUAAAACCACUGCUGAUAAAGAAACGUCGACGCGCAGAAAUACGCCGAGGAAACGAAGUCGAUCGUCAAAAUCUCGAAGAUCUGCCAGUGCCAGAGGAAUUUCUAAGAAGCCGGACUCAAAGCCCGCCGUCCAACUUGCACCAACGGUAGCUAGUUACUCUCAAGAAAACUUUUACGGACUACCCAAUUUGGGUCUUUAUUUGGUCGAAGUCCAAAAGGUCUGGUCGCUGCUCAUCGGAUGCCCGACAUUCUGUAGACGGCAUGACGACGAACAAGUUAUUUCGGGACUCUCGUUUACUGACAGAACCAGACGCUUGAUAUUGAAUUUUUUGCUAUGCCCCAAAUGCCUUGAUUCAGCAAUCCUUUGGGAGAAGAGCGAAAACAAUUACGAUCAAAUUUCUCUCAUUCUUUAUAAGAAUCGGAUUUUUAUGGUGACCAACUACACGGAAUUUUGCGCCAUUUUUGGAAAAGCUUCGGAGAGCUUUGAAUAUAUGUACAACAGUAUUGUUGUUAAUGCUAAGGGAGAAACGUUUUGGAAAUUUGUUGAGCCUGUGCACAGUGUUGCUCCAAAUGAAAAUGGACAUCCAAAUGCUAACGUUUAUCCAAAUGCCAAUGGAUAUUUCAAUAAUGCCGCUGAAAAUGUCCGGCAAAACUUGGCGAAGAAAAAACGGCAUUUGCCGCUUCAUAUGUACUACAAAUAUAUCGCGUAUCAACCCCUUAACCAAGCAGCAAUCUGUGCGAAACACGGGCAUGCAAUCGAGUUUUGUUUUGCCGUUACCGAUGACUCCGGAUUUGGCAGUUUUCUGCCAUUUUGCUACUCAUGCGUGUUUGACAAAAAUUACAAUGGCCAUCCAGUCACCAAAAAAGCUCAAUUCGCCAUUCUUAAAUGUUUCAACGCCGGGAUUGAGGCACCCAUCAGAAAUUUAUUCAGUGGUGUGAUAACUGCCGAAAGCUCAACAGAAAAGAAUCAGCGAAAAAAAAUGGCUCGUAAAUUGAAGAAAAUGAAACGCCAUGCGAAAAAUGUUAAGAGGCGUGAGCGACGCAAAUUAGCGAAAAAACUCGCUAAUGCAAAAACAGUACCACAAGAACCUGCUGUUCCAAAUUGCGAGCAGAACUGUUCCAGCACUCCAACAGCUCAAAAUGAACCAGCUUCUGGAAACCAUUCAGCAACUGCUCAUCAAUAG